GAUCGGGUCAACGACGCCUUGAUUGAGCUCGUGACGCUGACUGGGGACAAGAUCCCGAAGGACAAGCAGCGCCAUCUGAAGAUGAUCAGCGAUUUCCUGUCUCCGAUCCAUUUCCCGGAAGCCGUGCCCUCCCCGGGCGUCGAGCUCGACGAGGAGUUGACGAAGGAGCUGCAGGUCUUGAAGGCCAUGUUCGACGUGGACAAGUACAACCUGCCCGGACAGCUCGACAGGGUCACAGACCUCGAGCAACAGAUCAAACGCGGCUCGUCGGAGACGUUCAAGAUUUUCUCGGCGACGGGCCAUGGGGACAAGCUGAGGAAGAACGCGCGGUCCAUCUUGGCCGACUACGAUCAGAAGAUCAAAGCUGUGGAGAGGGUGGUCGCCAAACUCUCAGCAGAGCCCACCCUCCAGCACCUCGUGGAGCUGGACGAUGAGUUUUCCAAGUUCCAGUUUGCGAACGAGGUUGCCCCGCACGUUGACAAGUUCGAAGCAAUGUACGAAACGGUCGUCAAGAACUCGCUGCUCGCCCUCGGCAAGGUCUUGCAGUUUUAUUCCACGGGCCCCAGCGACGUCGACGACGAGCCGAACAUCGUUGCUAUGAAGGCCAAGUACUCCGAAGAGUUCGAACAAGUUAUUGUGACGUUUCAGGGUGGGUUGAAGUAUUUGGAUCCCAACUCGCAUGCGAAGCCAGGUGCGUCGCUCUUGGCAAACAAGAUCGUGUAUGACUUGGCCGUUUGUCUCCUCGAUGGGCCGGUAGAAGUAAUCGACCCGACCUACCUGAAGGAGGACAUAGGAUCUCUGGAGGAGCUAGCUGAGAUGAUAGAACAAAUCCAGAUGUGUGUCAAGAAGCAUGGAGAGUUGGUCGAGCGCAAGGGCGCCCCGAUGGCCAUGCUGAAGCUGCUCUGCGAGAGGGGCAGUGGUGUGCUCUCCAAUCACGCGGAUCAGAAUGUGACCCCCAAGAUGAACGUUCUCGAGCUCACUUUCAAGGCAUUAGCAGGUGCCCCAGUUCAGUCGGGGUCGCAGGGCGCUGCGAUCUUCUUGCUGCGUGGUAACCAAGACGACGAUGCAGUAGACCAAGUGGCCUCGAUCUGGCAGAGCGUGAAGGGCGACUUCGGGGCCAACCAGGUUAAGAUGGAGGAGGUGUCCGCUAUCUUCGCUGCGAUUGGCAACCCCGAUGCUGCUCUGUCCCUCCGCAUGCGGUGGGCGCUGGUCCGCAUCAGGUUUUCCUACGCCUCCCUCGCCAUUAGUAUGCGAGGUAUCACUGCCAAGCCUUUCAAUGUGAACGCGGAGUCGGUGCUCGAGACUUGGACUGCGCUUAUUGCCGACGUGAGCUGCGCGAGCACUGUCAACUUGUCGGAGGGCGCGCAGGCUGCUUGCUCGCGGGAGGCGGCCGAGGCUCUCGAGAUCCACAGCCGCCCCACUUCCAUUCGAACGGAGCGUUUUGAUCAUCCAGUUGGCACCCUGAAGGUGGAGCGCCCCCCAGCUUCUUUGGGAAGCUCGAUGGCUCUCCAUUCUCAGGGUGCUUACUGGAUGAUCAAAGCGCUCCGUUCGAGUGGAAGUGGGGCGGUUGCGGUUCUCGCGAAGGUUUUGAAAUUGCCUUUCGUGUCGCACGGCAGGAUGAUGAUCGAGCUCGACGCGGCCGUGCAGCACAGCAAGUCGCUGCUCGAGGCCGUGUCCACGAAGAUGAACACCACGCUCGCGGCCGAGGCGGAGUCGCUGGAGCACCUGAUACCCGACUAUGUCCCCUUCUGCGUGGACACCUUCAACACCGACAAGGUGAAGGAGGAGCUGCUGUCCAAGACUUGGGAUUCUUUCGCAUCCGCCUGGGUGGCCUUGUCGAAAGCGUUCACCGUGGCGAAGAGCUUCGAGAGCCCGAUGAUCGGCGAAGACGCGAAGUUCGAAGUCAAGCAUGCUGCGGUGUGCACGGCUGUCCAGAAGACGCUGAACCAGGGUCGCGCUUUCAUCUCAGUCGCGUCGACGGUAAAGUGCAUCCUGAUCACUCUCCCGGAGUCGCUGAAGAGCCAGCGUGAGGGGAUCUUGGAGAGUCAGAUCAAGAAGACCAAGAACACGGGGCUGCCCAAAAACUUGGGCGACUACCUCAACAGGGAGCUCGCGAAGAUCAAGGCGGCGGCCGCGAAGGCCGCGGGGGCGCGGCCGCCGCCCCCGUGA